AUCAAAAACCCUCAGAAAGGUCCUCCUCCUCACAAUUCAAAAGCUUCCUCUCCUCUAAUAAAAGAAUCCCAUUUGUCUUCAUUCUGAUGGCAGCAGUAUGGAAUCCUCAUCCUCUUCCCUUCCACUCAACGGUCGUGUAGCCAUCGUAACCGGAGCUUCCCGUGCCAUAGGCCGUGCCAUUGCCACUCACCUCCAUUCCCUUGGUGCUAGAGUUGUUGUCAAUUAUGCUUCCAGUUCAAGCUCAGCCGAUCAACUGAUAUCUGAACUGAAUGCAUCAGCUCCCCCUUCUCAUCCCACAGCAGUUGCUAUCAAAGCAGAUGUUUCAGAUCCGGAUCAGGUCAAACAACUCUUUGACAAAGCUGAACAAGAAUUCGGCUCAAAAAUCCACAUACUUGUUAACUGUGCAGGGGUGCUGGAUGCAAAGUAUCCUUCCUUGGCAAAUACAACAGUGGAGGAUUGGGAUUGGACAUUCAACAUCAAUACCAAAGGAUCAUUUCUGUGUUGCCGGGAAGCAGCAAACCGGCUAACACGCGAAGGAGGUGCAAGGAUCAUUUCAAUCUCAACAUCUGUAGUGGGAUCACUUCUGCCUGGAUACGCAGCCUAUGCUGCUUCCAAGGCAGCUGUUGAGACCAUGAUCAAGAUCCUGGCUAAGGAGCUCAAAGGUACCCAGAUAACUGCUAAUAUUGUUGCUCCAGGCCCUGUAGCCACAGAGAUGUUCUUUGCAGGUAAAACUGAGGAAACUGUGAAGAGGAUUGUGGAUGCUACCCCUUUAGGAAGAUUGGGUGAACCAAAUGAUAUCAGUGGGAUUGUGGGAUUCUUGGCAACUGAUGCAGGGGAAUGGAUCAAUGGGCAAGUAAUUAGGGUUAAUGGUGGAUUUGUUGUAUAAACAACAGAAUUUUGAAUGAAUUCGAAAUUCCCCUUUGAUCUCGUUAAAGUUCCUUCCUUUUUUCUAUUUUUGUAAUGUUGUUCAAUCAAUAAAAGAAGAAUUUCUUC